CAUCUCUCAGCAAACACACCCCCAGUUCACUCCCUCACCACCGCGAUGCUCUCGUCAGCCAGGAGUAGGAUUGCUUCCGCCGCGCUCUCGGCGUCUCGGUCCGGCCGAUUGGCCUCCAGGGCCUCUUACUCCGUGAGCGCCGCUCGCUUCGAAAACACCCUUCCACCCAACGACCCCGUUACCAGGAAGCCCGUCCCCAACGUGUCUGCUACCAAUGCUGUUCCGGUAGACUCGAUGGGCGCUUUCGAUGGAAAACUUGCCGAGACACCCGAGCAUGGAGAGCAGAAUCGCCAACUGCAGGCUCCCAACCGUGCGUCAACCUGGGCGAAGAGCCAGGCCCCGAGAGAAGAGGCCAUGACCGGUCCUCGGUUCGAGCAGACGAUUAUUGAACUUCAGCCUCAACCUUACGCUGCCAUUGAACUCAUCCACAAGCAACCCGUCAGAUGGACAAAGAGCAGAGUUGUGUCCUGCGAUGGCGGCGGUGGUCCGCACGGCCACCCGCGCAUCUUCAUCAACACGGACAAGGCCGAAAUCGCUACAUGCGGAUACUGCGGUCUGCCAUUCGCCCAUGAAAAACACAAAGCAUACCUCAAGUCCUUACCCAGCUCCUCAUAUCCUCUCGAGCCCACUGGGCACCCUGCCGAGGUGGAAGAAGCCCAACGAGUCACCGACGGAGCCUUCGAGCAGCGAUGAGCGUGACCAGUAUAUACAUUCUCUGUACCGUAUUCGAAUGUCUUUUUGUCUCCUUUAUCAGUGGCGUUGAAAACCUUGUUCUACCUUACCGUUUCAUUUAUGAUCUUGAGAAAUGCUCUCCUACAUAUGUAUGCUAUACGUAAGAAGUAGGUGUGGCGGCGUUUGACAUUAUCUAUCAACAUGUCGCCGUUUUACAUGAUAGAAUGUUCACUGAUCAUUGAUCACCAGAGUUCAUUCAGUAGAUUUAUGCUCAAUUAGACAAGGACUGUCGAGACAUUCACACAUCCCUAUUCCAUGCAAUAUAUAUGGGUCUUUGGUCUCGCCGUGAACUC